GCGCGCGCGAGAAAGGUGAAGGUCUCUCCCUGCCAAUAUAAAGGAGGUUCCUACUGGUCAGGGCGCAGUGACCCCUCGGCUCUCAAGACAACAUGCUGACCAUAGUGGUGUUAACGGUGGUAGCCGCCGUUCAGGUGGAGUGCGCACCAAACCAAUACUGGCCAGGCUUCUCGCAUGUUUCCUCCUUCAUAUCGCAGCCGUUGAAGAAGCCACUUCAGUCUGCUCAGAUCAACAAAGGUUUCUCAAGCAGAACUAAAGUUCAUGAUCCCACAGAGGCACAGCGAACCUACGAGGAAUCUCUUCGAAUGUGGCUGGAUCAGGUUAUGCUCACGCUUAACACUGCAAAGUCCGCCAGAUUCGGAGCUCGUCCCUCAAUAGGACAACCAGUAGUACAGACAACAACAACAACAACAACGGAGCUUCCCGUGGAAAUUCCGCAAACAGAACAGGUCGUAGUUAGAGAGACUGUCGAGCCUAUGGAACAACCGAUCGAGCAAGAUCCCGUGUUUGUUGAGAUCGAACCAACUUCCGAAGUCAUGACGCCAAUAGUCGCUGAGAUCGACGUUGCCGCUGACGAUGUGGUCCCAAGUGCCAUCGCAGAGGAGACCAUUCCAACUUUUGCGGAGCAGGACACCGCUACUGUUUUGGAAAUCACUCCGAAGGUGGCUCCAGAGCCUGCUGUAGUAAUACCUUCCGUAGAACCCAUGAUUGAACCUUUCGUAGAGGGCACUGUUGUGGAACCCUUUGCUGAGGUUCCUGUAACGGCAGCUGUUGGAGAGCAAGUAAUGGAACCCACAGAAGAAAUCGCCGUCGAACCUAUUGUAGAGCCUUUUGUAGAACAUGCUGUUGAUGAACCAAUCGUAGAGAUUCAACCAGAAAUUGAACCCCAGCCUUUCGUAGAACCGUUCGUCAAUGAGCCGGCCGCAGAGCUCCACCAACCCACAGCAGAACCUGAGCUUGCGACAUUAGCCUUCUCAACCAGCAGGAGCUUCAGCUCUGCGGCAUCCAGGAACUCUGUAAGGGCUAUUCACCAGGUUCCGGCCAUCACCCACAAGGAGUUUCCUGGAGCAAGCUUCCAUCCUAGCGUCCUAAAGCCAUCCCAGCAGGAAAGCAGAUUACCAGCCCAUAUUGCGGACGCGGUCAAUACCGAGGGACUAGCUUACACACUACAGUUCUUCCCCACUCGGGGCCAGUCCCAUUAUUUUGUUUCUACGGCCAUCGGUGGAAAUGGGAGAGUCUAGAGGAGGAUUUACUGUAAUUAAGAUUGUAAAUACGCUUUUUAUUCUUACUACACCAGAAUGUUCCCUUGUAACGUCCGAAAAUAUUUUUCUAUCUGUAAAUAUACUUCUAACUGUAUAUACUCUGAAGCUUUUUCUACAUGUGGCUUCCAGCAUCAUUUAGUUACAAAUAUAUAUUUUGAAGCUUAUAAAUGCUGUCUGAUGUAAAGAACCACAAAAAAAUCUAAUAUUUUAUGUAAAACAAUAAAUUCUUAAAAAUAA